CGUGUCCCGGGGUACUGAUGCCGUGUCCCGGGAUGCUGAUGCCGUGUCCCAGGGCUAUGAUGCCGUGUCCCGGGAUGCUGAUGCCGUGUCCCAGGGCUAUGAUGCCGUGUCCCCGGAGUGCUGAUGCCCUCUGUGUCCCCGCAGUGCUCAGAGGGGGCCCGCUCACCGAACCCUACCGUCUGCGCCAGCUGCACCUGCACUGGGGCUCCUCCGACCUGCACGGCUCCGAGCACAUCAUCGACGGCGUCAAGCACGCCGCAGAGUUGCAUUUGGUACACUGGAAUCCAAAACAUGGUAAUUUUGCUGGAGCUUUAAAACAACCUGAUGGUGUAGCUGUUGUGGGAGUUUUUCUGAAAGUUGGAAAAACUCUUAAACCAGAGAUGAAGAGAAUUCUUGAAGAAAUUGAAAACAUUAAGACCAAGGGGAAGGAGGCCCCUUUUCUGCACUUUGAUCCUUCAAUUCUUUUCCCCAAAUGUCGGGACUACUGGACCUACCACGGCUCAUUCACCACACCCCCCUGCGAGGAGUGCGUCACUUGGAUUCUCCUGAGGGAGCCCAUUGAAGUCAGCUCAGACCAGAUGGCAAAGCUCCGUAGCCUUUCCAAGAAUGGUGAGAAUGAACCCCUGUGCCCUCUUGUUGACAACUGGCGCCCGCCGCAGCCUCUGAAGGGCAGGAUAGUGAGAGCCUCGUUCAAGUAAAAAUCUCAAGUCUCACCCCACUGAACCUGAGUGACAAAGUCCCUACAUCCCAAAAAUGUAGUUAGUUUUUUGCUGUCUACUGCUUUUCAUCUGCAUCCAGGUCCGUGUUUCUCAGUUUGAAAUUCUGAGUGGUAAAAGUAAACCUGUUUUUAAAAGCAGAAAAAUACUAUAUGCAAGUACUAAGCAUAAUAAUCAAAUGUGAGAAAUAAUGAUUCUUGACCACAAAUGCCUCAGCAUUUAUGGUCACUUCUCUGCCUUGUGGUCUUGUAAGAAAAAUAGGCUAAGUUUUAAUAUUUAAAAUUAAUUUCAAAGGAAAUAUAGUAAGGCAAAAAAAUGAACCAGUAGUUCAGAAAGCAGAAGUAACAGUAGAUGAACAGGAGGGAAAUGCCUGUCUCUAGACAGUGAUCUUGCUCAGACACCCUCCCUCAGAGGAGACAUCCGAAGAGAAGUAUCCCUUUAACAUACCAGAUUUUCCCUUCCCUGUCUUGUUCACAGUUUUUUAUCCAAGAUUAGGUUAGUGUUCUGAGGUAAAAUCAGGCAUACUCAGUUUCUGUGUGAAGAAGAAGAGAGACCUUGCUGUCAUUUCAGCAUUUGCUGUCUUUGCCAUAUCCUGCUGCUGCCAUUGUUGAUCUUUUCUUCUUUCACCUGCUGCUGUUACUUCACCCAUCCAUGGCAGAGCCCUGCUGGUAUCAUGUUGCCUUGUAUUUAGUAUACCAGCUUUAGUAUUGCUAUGGGGUAAGUGUCUUUCUUGUGCUGCUCUGUUUUAUCUCCCAGAAUGAUGGAUUUUUGAUGCUCUGCCUGCAUUUUAUAUUUGACACCUUAAUGGUUUUGCCUAUUAGGGAUUUUGUUGCAUAUGGAAAGGAUCUUUCUGGAUGAUUCAUAUGUGUAAUUUCUCCUCCCCACUACUAAAAAAUCCAGCUUAAGUCACCUAAGUUUAUUUGACUGUGUUUAUUUGAUUCUAACUGAAGAAUAAAUGUGGAUUCUGUUUGGCUCAGUUCCUUUCUGGGGAGACACAUCAGCUUUCAAAUAUGAUCCAAGCAAGGAACCACUGCAGACAGAAACAUCUGAAUCAAUUUCCCCUGUCCUUCAUCAUUUCAGUGUACAAGUACCAUCUAGGCUGAUCCCACAUAGAGAUCAUGUGAAUAAGGAUUUACAUUAUAUUCAACACCCAGGUGUUAUUCAGUAGUGGACAUACAGGAGGUUGGAUGGUCAAAUGUGGUGCAUAAAUCCCACUGCACAGGAAGCUUCUGGGUUCUCUGUGUUUUCCUCUAACUCAUCAGUAGGUAGCAGUGGGCGUUCUUCCGGAGAUGUUGCCACAAACAUGUUCACAGCAGCAUUUAUAAGGGAUAUGUCAAAGUCUGAAAAAAACAGGCCACAAAUGGCUGGAAUAGGCAUUACCCAGUUCUCAUUAACUAUUUCACUUUCCACCUUUACUAGAAAAAUUGUGCUCCAACAGGGAAGUAAUGAAUGGGCAGCACUGGACAGAUUCUGCUGUUAUUACCAGCACAAUUCAGUGAGAAUUCAGAAAUUAAACUGAGGGCAGAUUUUGAUCCUUUUUAUAAAUUUAGGAUUGCUAAGGAUUCAGCUAAGGAUUACUGAAUUCCCAUUGAAAGUUAGUAAUUUAGUUUAUUAGGAAUGUAUUUUGCUUAGUAUAAAGCAGAUUCUUUUUAAAAACUAAGUUCAUGUGCAUAGAAGCUAAAGUAUUGAUUGAAUCCUGUUUACAAAUGUUUUGGCACUGACUUAAUUUUAUCAGAAGAUCAGCUUUUGAUAUUAUGAGUGCAGAACUUGCAAGGGUAUUGAUUUUAGGACUCCCUUAGGUCUUCUUUAAACUCCUGAAUCUAUAAAUCUCAACACAUAAAAAUGUUACUACAGAAGCUCAUAAGCAACACUUAUUUUCUACUGUACUAUGUCUUAUGUGUAAAAUUUCUUCUCAUAUCCAUAUGAAGUUGAUCUUGGUGAUGAGGAAGUUUUAACACAAGUAUCUGAGACAAGGGUUUGAGUCUUUCAAGCUAAAAGCCAUUAACUGUGAUGUUUUAAUCUCUUGUUAUUGAGGCAGUAAAACAAGAUUAGUUGUCUGCAC